CCGAUGAAGAAAGAAAAUUGAACUGUCAGAACCAGAAAUCCGAAGUGUUAAGUUGGGCCCGGUAAUUUUUUUUGAGGGGAAGGAACGUCAAGAUAGUUGACGUCCAAUUUGCGUUUUACACAGUUUGGUUUUACUGCUUAUUUAGUGAACCCAAAAAAUGGCUCUCCUCGAAUUUUUCGGUUGUGCGUUUCUUGCUUUCGGCCCUCCACUUUCAAUGUUUCUUCUAACUAUCGCUAAAGACCCUAUUCGAAUUAUCAUCCUCAUAGCUAGUGCGUUCUUCUGGCUCUUGGCAUUACUGAUGUCAUCCUUGUUGUGGCUCGUGGCAAGCACCUUGAAUAGUCCAAUUGUUGUGGGAGUUGUCUUUUCUGUCCUGUUCCAAGAGCUCUUCCGAUACCUGAUAUAUUUGCUGUUACGCAAAGCUGAGGUUGGGUUGAAAAAACUCACAGAGUCUGAUACUGCCAUUAUCACUAAUAAAAACAUCCUGGCCUAUGUGUCAGGCUUGGGCUUUGGCAUCAUCAGCGGUACCUUCUCUCUAGUCAAUGUUCUUGCUGAUGCUACAGGACCUGGAACAGUCGGUCUACAUGGCGAUUCCAACUUGUUUUUCCUAACAUCGUCCCUCACAACACUUUGCUUCAUCCUCCUACACACAGCAUGGGGAGUGCUCUUCUUCCAUGCACUAGACAUGAAAAAGUUUUUGCCAUUAAUUUGGGUGGUGACAUCUCAUCUGCUUGUAUCACUUUUGACUCUCAUGAACCCUUCGCAGCUGUAUUUAGCCACAAUACUGCCGGCAUACGCCGUUCUGGUCGUGACGGCUCUGUGGGCUGCUGGAGCGGCUGGAGCAUCUUUUACGUCACUUAAAAAGUGUUUAACUAGCCAACCCACAACGGUGCAGGUACGCGCGGAAGACUGAGGCAUAGGCACGACAUUCACAAUUCAGCCAUCGUCAGUAAACCAUUGGGGCGGGUCUCUUUCCAUAAUCUCCCCUUACAUAACUUUUGUUUUUGCGAAAACGUCCGACUACCGUGUUCUUAAUUAAUUAAUAUAACCAAAAAUACACUUUCAGUGAUGAAGGAA